UCAAACCACACCAAGAUCGAUGAGCAGCAAAGCAGAAAUCGGAUUGCUGGGAUCGUUGCCAGUUAUGAACGGUGGAAAUGGAACAUACAGCUAUGCCAAAAACUCCACCUUACAGAGAAAAUCAGCAAAUGCUGUGAGGGAAAAAAUUGAUGAGGCAAUUACAGAGAAACUUGAUAUGGAAACCCUAUGUUCUAGCGGCAAGUCAUUUCAUAUUGCAGAUUUUGGAUGUUCAACCGGACCCAAUACGUUUAUAGCAAUGCAAAAUAUACUGGAAUCUGUAGAAAGGAAAUACAAAUCCCAGUGCCCUACUAGUCAAAUUCCUGAAUUCCAAGCAUUUUUUAAUGACCAGGCAUCGAAUGAUUUCAACACCCUCUUCACCACUCUCCCACUGAAUAGGCAAUACUUUGUAGCCGGUGUGCCUGGGUCUUUCCAUGGUCGGUUGUUUCCUGAUAGCUCUCUUCAUUUUGCUUAUUCCUCUACUGCACUACACUGGCUCUCAAAGGUGCCAGAAGAAUUGCUAGACAAGAACUCUCCUUCGUUUAAUAAGGGAAGGAUUUACUAUUCGAAUACCCUGGAUAAAGUAGUUGAUGCUUAUUCUUCUCAAUUUGCGAAGGACAUGGAAAUCUUUUUGGAUGCUAGAGCAAAAGAGCUUGUCGCUGGAGGAAUGUUGGUGAUGACGAUGCCUGGCCAGCCUAAUGGAAUCCCUUGUUGCCAAACAGGGAUGGGAAUUACUAUAGAUUAUUUGGAGUCUUGCUUCUUGGACAUGGUGAACGAGGGUAUAAUUAGUGAAGCUAAAGUGGACUCUUUCAACUUGCCAAUGUAUGCGGCAACUCUGGAAGAGAUGAAAGAGUUAAUACAAAGAAAUGGGUCUUUUAACGUUGAGAAAAUGGAGUUGACAAUGGCAAACGGAGAAUCAAAUCCUCAAAGCUAUAGCUCUUUCUCGGGGCGAAUACUCCAAAUGCACUUGAGAGCUGGGAUAGAGGAAAUAAUCAGUAAACAUUUUGGAACUGAGAUUAUUGAUGACUUGUUUGAUCGCUAUGCUAUGAAAGCUGAGGACUUUUCCCAUCGUCUGCAAUCAAGCGAGAGGAAAGGAGCUCUAAUGUUUGUUGUUUUGAAACGCAAAUGAUGCGUGUUCGAGUGCUUGUCAUUCAUGCAGGCUUUCUCUCCUGCUAAUUUAAUUCUCCACGAGUGUUCAUUUAUUUUCUGCAACUUUGUCAUAUCUUAUUAUUGUACAAUAAGAAUUGCUUAAUCGUUUGC